ACAGCCAACUGCCUCAAAUCUCCACGAUCUCACGGCGCUAAUACCAAGAAAGAGUACUCCUCGUACCCGUUGCCUGGACUACAUCCGUACCUUGCAUACUCAACUGCGUCCCAACCAGAACCACUCCAAUCACGCUAAUCCACGGCCCGGAAUCCUUACGCCUCCAGGACGGCGCAACUGCCCAAAUCAAUUGCCUCGCAGUGCUUGCGUCGGAAAAAGGCCAGCACUCUCACGUCAUUCUCCGCAAUUCAACAUGGCGCUGAAACACUUAAUAGCAGUGGUGGGCCUGAGCGGCUGCUCUGGCGUGCUGACGGCCAAAGCGCAAUCCACCUCCACUGGUGCAGCAUGCGCAAGUCGCAUUGCCCCACAGAAUGGUGCUCCUUCGGUGGCGCCGGGGUUCCGUGUCGAGGUUGUGGCUAAUGGCCUGAGGGAUCCACGCGGCAUUAUUUUUGAUCGGGAAGGUGGGCUGCUGGUUGUGGAACAGGAGCAUGGGGUUAGCAGGUUGACGUUAAGUCGUGAUGGCACUUGUGCUGGGGACGUGCAGAUGGUGGUUGAGGAUGACUCAUUGAAUCACGGCAUUGCUUUCUCACAGGAUGGAAAUACUCUCUAUGCAUCAUCCCACAGCAACGUCUACGCGUGGGACUACGAUGCGUCGGAGGGCAGGACUACAUCCGAAUCCCGCGAUGUCGUCGAAGGCAUGGGAGAUGAUGAGGGCCAUACUACGCGUACCCUUCUCAUAUCUCAGAAGGUUCCUGACAUGUUACUUGUCUCUCGUGGUAGUGUGGGUAACAUCGACCUCCAGACUCUGGAUGUGACUACGGGAGUCUCAACGAUCAAAGCUUUCAACGUAGGCAACAUGACCGGCUCCGCGUACGAUCAUGCUUCAAGCGGAUUGUUGCUUGGUUGGGGUUUGAGGAAUUCAGUAGGAGUAGCUGAGGAACCCAUCACUGGUGGUAUAUACUCUGUUGAGAACAGUGUCGACAACAUUGAACGUAGUGGAGAGACUAUCAACCAGAACAACCCCGGUGAAGAACUGAACUUCCAUGGUUACCUAAACGGAACCGGGAGUGAUGUCCAGGGCGGCAACUAUGGCUACCCUUCGUGCUUCACAGCAUGGAAUAGAUCUGAGAUUCCGGAUUUUGGUGGCAUGACGGGCGAGGCGUUUGCUAUUGGAGACCAGAACGCGACUGUCAACGAUACCUUCUGCGUGGAAGACCGCAUCGCUCCUAGAAUCACGUUCGAUGCUCACAUGGCUCCCCUCGAUAUCAAGUUCAAUCCUGACGGCACUGCCGCAUGGGUAACGAUGCAUGGCUCUUGGAACCGCGAAGAACCCAUCGGCUACAAGCUCAGCCUCGUCCAAUUCGACGGCAAGGGCUCGCCUGUUGAGCUCGCGAACAGCACUACUGCUGCUACUGAUAUUGUGUCCAACCCUGAUCUCUCGGCUUGCCCCGACUCUUGCUUCCGUCCCGUCGGUCUUGCAUGGGAUGCCGAGGGUCGCUUGUACAUGAGUUCGGAUUCCACGGGCGAGAUAUUCGUCGUUACGAGGGAGGAUGGUAGUGGUAUCGCAGAUGUGAGCGAGGUGGCUGACGCCAGAGAGACUGAGAGCCCGACACCGUCUGGAACUGGAGAUGUGUCGAGGCCGACCGAGACGAGCGGUGCUGUGCUGAAGUUGGGUGUUGGAAGCGGAAGUUAUCUGGCUGCGGGUGUUGCUGUUGUCGGCGCGCUCCUCUGAAGAUGAAGAUGAGAAAGAGUCAUAGUUCUCGGAUAUGCACUACCUUGAUAGCAUAAUGCACUGCACGCUCAACAGAGCGCUGUGCCUCAACAACUUCCUCCCGACCUCUCAAGAUGCGAUUAUGCAAUGGUUGAUGGUUCGCAGGGAAUUGUCGGAUAUUCUUCGCGAGUCGCAUGUCGACGUUCGGAAUGGGAUGUGCGUCAUUGGCUGUCCCUUCCCUCGAAGCCAUCUAGAAGACCAAGAGCGCAGCGGCAACUACAACCAUC